AUGAGUCCAUUGGCGCUAUCACCCGAGAGAGUCGACAUUGUUGACAUUCGCGAGAAUGACUUGGAAUUCUCUCUGGCCAACGAGAUCCAGAAAGGCCUGAACCCUCCGGAUGGGACGAGACGGUCGAUGCCUACAAUGUUACUUUACGACUCGGAGGGAUUGAAGCUAUUCGAGAAGAUCACGUACCUGGAGGAAUACUACCUGACAAAUGCGGAGAUCGAGGUGCUUGAGACACACUCUCGGAGACUGGUUGAGAGAAUUCCUAGCAAUGCACAGCUUCUGGAGCUUGGGAGUGGAAACCUUCGGAAAAUCGAAAUCCUCCUUCGCGAGUUCGAGCGUGUCGGCAAACCUGUCGACUAUUAUGCCCUCGAUCUCUCUCUAUCGGAACUCGAGAGAACUUUCGCCAACGUCCGCGUUGAAGAUUACAACAGUGUUGGGCUGCAUGGUCUCCAUGGGACAUACGACGAUGCACUCGUCUGGUUAAGCGACCCGGAGAAUCGAAAGCGGCCAACAGUUGUCCUCUCAUUGGGCUCGUCAUUAGGAAAUUUCAAUGUGUCAGAUGCAGCAGCCUUUCUUGCCAAGUUCACGGGGCUUCUUGGGCCAUCCGACAUGAUGAUCAUUGGUCUAGAUGCCUGCGAUGAUCCAGUCAAGGUGUACAAUGCUUAUAAUGACUCGGCGGGAAUUACGCGACAGUUUUACGAGAACGGACUUGUCAACGCAAAUAAGAUCCUCGGAGACGACGCUUUCCGCUCCGGUGAAUGGGAAGUUGUGACGGAAUAUGAUGAUGAGAAUGGUUGCCACCAAGCAUUCUACGUACCAAGAACGGAUGUCACUGUCAAUGGCGUACGUAUCAAAAAGGGAGAAAGGUUUAUCUUUGAGGAGGCGUUCAAAUAUAGCCCAGGAAAGCGCGAGAAAUUAUGGCAUGAUGCUGGUCUUAUUGAAGGCGCUGAAUUCAGUAGCAGCUCCGGCGACUACCAUCUUCAUAUGCUACAUUCGGCUGCUCUCCGUCUCCCAACGUCGCCUUCUCAGUUCGCCGCCAGUCCUAUUCCUAGUCUCGAAGAAUUCCAGUCUCUCUGGACUGCGUGGGACUUGGCGACCAAGGCCAUGAUCCCGCAAGAGGAGCUACUUUCCAAACCAAUAAAGCUCAGAAAUUCUCUAAUAUUCUACUUGGGCCAUAUUCCGACGUUCUCAGAUAUCCAUCUAACCCGAGCUUUGCGCGGCAAGCCAACAGAUCCCAAGUCAUAUCAGUUGAUCUUCGAGAGAGGAAUUGACCCCGAUGUUGAUGACCCUGAAAAGUGCCAUUCGCACAGCGAAAUCCCAGAUGAAUGGCCAUCUCGCUCUGAUAUUCUGGAAUACCAAGACCGAGUCAGAAACAGGCUACAGUCCGUACUCCAGAGGCCUAGCCUGUCUCCAGACAGAACAUUAGGAGAAGCCCUAUGGAUCGGAUUCGAGCACGAGGCGAUGCAUCUCGAGACUUUCCUCUACAUGCUGAUUCAGAGUGAACGAAUUCUUCCUCCGCCGGGUGUUCCAACUCCAAACUUCAAGAAAUUGUUUCUUGAUGCUAGGGGAAGAAAGACGCAGAACGAAUGGUUCGCCAUACCAGAACAGACCUUGUCAAUUGGGCUGGAGGAUCCCGGGGACAAAAUGCCAGCCGCAUCGUUUGGGUGGGAUAACGAGAAGCCUGUGCGGACCGUUACCGUCCAGCCAUUCGAGGCUCAGGGAAGGGGUAUCACAAACGGCGAAUACGCCGAAUACCUACAGGCAAAGCAGACUCAUAGCUAUCCUGCAUCGUGGGUUCAGACAGGUACAGCCGGAGCGUUCCUGUCCAGGUUUGCCGUCCGAACGGUCUUUGGUCCUGUGCCGCUCGAAUUGGCUCAGGACUGGCCAGUCAUCGCCUCUUACAACGAGCUUGACCAGUACGCCCAAUGGAGGCAAUGCAGACUUCCAACUUUUGAGGAGGCUAAAAGCAUAUACGCUCACUCGGCGCGACUUAGGAAACAUACAGCGGACGGCUCCGCGGAUAUCACCGCCGAUGGCUACAGUCCCGAGGAGCUCACUAAACCACACAAAUCCAACGGAGCGAAUGGAUACCACAAGCACCAUCCGAAGAACGGCCACGUGAAAAGCGCCCAGCCCGUCCAGCCGCCAGCGGAAUCGUCAUCCCCGGUCUUCGUGGACCUCGGCGACUGCAACGUCGGCUUCAAGCACUGGCAUCCUACGCCGAUCAUCCAGAACGGCGACAAACUCGCCGGCCAUGCGGAGCUAGGUGGUGUCUGGGAGUGGACGAGUACGCCGAUUGCGGAACAUGAUGGGUUCAAGGCUAUGGAGAUUUAUCCCGGGUAUACAUCCGACUUCUUUGAUGGAAAGCACAAUAUCAUCCUCGGUGGUUCUUGGGCGACUCACCCUCGCAUCGCGGGCCGGACAACCUUUAUGAACUGGUACCAACGGAACUAUCCAUACCCAUGGGCCGGAGCGCGACUCGUACGGGAUGUCUAG